AUGGGUUCUAAAUCCACCAUUUCAAUUCUUCUUCUUCUCCUUCUUCUUGGGUUAGCUCAGUUCGCAGUUUCAGGGCACGACUAUAAGCAAGCUCUUAGCAAAAGCAUUCUCUUCUUUGAAGCUCAGAGAUCAGGACACCUCCCUCCCAACCAGAGAGUUUCAUGGCGAUCUCACUCCGGUCUUAACGACGGCAAAUCCAGCGGCGUGGAUCUAGUAGGAGGAUAUUACGACGCCGGAGACAAUGUGAAAUUUGGUCUUCCGAUGGCUUUCACGGUGACGACAAUGUGUUGGAGCAUCAUUGAAUACGGUGGCCAGCUUGAAUCUAACGGUGAACUUGGCAAUGCCAUUGACGCCGUUAAGUGGGGAACUGAUUAUUUCAUCAAAGCCCAUCCUGAACCUAACGUCCUUUACGGAGAGGUGGGAGAUGGCAAGUCGGACCAUUAUUGUUGGCAAAGGCCAGAGGAAAUGACCACUGACCGUCGGGCUUACAAGAUCGACCGGAAUAACCCCGGUUCGGAUCUCGCCGGAGAAACCGCUGCCGCAAUGACUGCAGCUUCCAUAGUUUUCCGCCGCUCUGAUCCAUCAUACUCUGCCGAGCUACUCCGCCACGCUCAUCAGCUAUUUGAAUUCGCGGACAAAUACAGGGGGAAAUAUGACAGCAGCAUCACCGUGGCACAGAAGUACUAUCGCUCCGUUAGCGGUUACAAUGAUGAAUUACUGUGGGCUGCUGUGUGGUUAUACCAAGCGACAAAUGAUAAAUAUUACUUGGAUUACCUCGGUAAAAACGGCGACUCGAUGGGCGGUACGGGCUGGUCGAUGACCGAGUUUGGUUGGGACGUUAAAUACGCCGGCGUUCAAACCCUUGUCGCUAAGGUUUUGAUGCAAGGAAAAGCUGGAGAACACACGGCCGUGUUCGAAAGGUACCAACAGAAAGCUGAACAGUAUAUGUGUUCACUGUUGGGUAAAAGCACGAAGAACAUUCAGAAAACUCCCGGCGGUUUGAUUUUCCGGCAACGGUGGAACAAUAUGCAGUUUGUCACGAGUGCCUCCUUCUUGGCUUCUGUUUACUCCGAUUAUCUCUCUUCCUCCAAAAGAAACCUCCGUUGUUCUCAAGGAAACAUUUCUCCAUCACAACUCCUAGAUUUCUCUAAAUCACAGGUGGAUUACAUUCUCGGAGACAACCCAAGAGCGACGAGCUACAUGGUAGGAUACGGACAAAACUAUCCUCGGCAAGUUCAUCACCGUGGUUCGUCCAUUGUCUCCUUUAAAGUCGAUCAAAAGUUUGUAACUUGUCGAGGUGGUUAUGCCACGUGGUACAGUCGAAAAGGAAGCGAUCCAAAUGUCUUGACCGGAGCUCUAGUGGGUGGACCCGACGCCUACGAUAACUUUGCCGACCAACGGGACAAUUACGAGCAAACCGAACCAGCGACUUACAACAACGCGCCUCUUCUUGGUGUACUAGCCCGGUUAAUUUCCGGUUCGACCGGUUUUGACCAACUACUUCCUGGUGUUAGUCCGACUCCGAGUCCGGUUAUCAUAAAACCAGCACCGGUACCGAAAAGAAAACCAACUACGCCUCCUGCUUCGUCUCCUAGUCCCAUUACCAUAUCGCAGAAGAUGACGAACUCAUGGGUUAACGAACGUAAGGUUUACUACCGAUACUCAACGAGAUUAACCAAUAGAUCUACAAAAACGUUGAAGAAUCUGAAGAUAUCAAUCACCAAGCUCUAUGGUCCAAUAUGGGGCGUGGCGAAAACCGGAAAUUCAUUUGGUUUUCCAUCAUGGAUGCAAUCGUUACCUGCAGGUCAAAGCAUGGAAUUUGUCUAUAUUCACUCAGCUUCUCCAGCAAAUAUUUUGGUUUCUAAAUAUUCUUUGGAGUGAGUAUAAGUGAUUUGAGUGUGUGAAACCGGUUUACUAGCUUGUAAACUUGUUCAUCUACUUUUGAAAACAUUCGGUGUGGGGUAUACCGAUAAUGGUUAGAUCUUUGAGAGGGAUGAGAAAGACGGAUUCUCUAGUUUGUACACAAAGGGUGAGAUUUGAGGCUAGGAAA